UGUGCUGCCACCAAAAUCAAAAUUAAAGUCUUCUUCCUCUUCUUCUUCAUAAAAAAACCAUGUCCGACAUGAACCCUAAUUUCCUAGGACCAAACAUGAUGUCCACCCCUCCAUCAUAUACAAACCCUAAUAGUAAUAAUCUCCAUUUUUACCCUGAAAUGCUCCAAGAUUAUGACUAUGAUUAUGCCCAAGAUUUCGAGCUUUCCUACGUUAACACCCUCCUCAAUGAUGAUUAUCAUCAUCACUACUCCAAUGUUGUCAAUAACCCCUUUGCUUCUUCUUCAUCUCUUUUCUCCCACCCACAACCAACCCCCACCAAUGUGCAAGACAAGAGUAGCACUACUUCCGCAAGCUCUGGCAGCUCUGGCUUUGAUGGAAUGAUGCCCACAACUUAUCCCAUGCAAGAAGUCAGGAACUCCAUGAGGCAGAUGGUGAAUACAACAAAGGCCAAGGAGAGGCAUUCAAUUGCUUUUAGGACCAAGACUGAGCUUGAGAUCUUGGAUGAUGGAUAUAAGUGGAGGAAGUAUGGGAAGAAAAAAGUUAAAAGUAACUCCAAUCCAAGGAAUUACUACAAGUGCUCACAUGAAGGGUGCGUAGUAAAAAAGAGGGUGGAAAGAGAUGGAGAGGAUUCGAAGUUUUUGAUAACAGAAUAUGAAGGAAUACACAACCACGAGAGUCCAUAUGUUAUAUAUUACUACUAAGACAUGAUGGCAAUCAUGGUUGGAAUAGGUUCGAUGUCUUCUCCAAAUUAAACACAAUCUCAUCAAUAUUUCCAAAGAAAGCAGUUUGCAGUUGAAGCUGAUUUCCAUGACAAGUAGCUACCCUCUGCUUUUUUGUGAUUAUUACAUGAGUUUGUGUAAGGAGAAGGAAUGGAAAUACCCGUAAUUUCAGUUUCUUUUUGGCCGUCUUUUU